AUUUCUUCUCUCUAGUAUUUAAAAAAUGAAGUUAGCUGUGUAUUUGUUAUCCUUUUUUAAUUCUCUGAUCUACAUAAAUCAUCUACUACUUGCCUUUCAAUCUCCUCCUACAACUGCCUUGCAUCCGAGUAACGAAACCGACACACUUACAUUGUUGGCGAUCAAGAACCGGAUUGUUGAAGAUCCACUAGGAGUCUUCACCUCUUGGAAUGUGUCUAACGAUAACUGUAGUUGGAAGGGAGUCACUUGCAGCAAUCAACACAAAGGCAGGGUUACGAUGUUGAAUUUAGUUGGCCAAAAUCUGGUUGGUUCAAUACCUCCCCACAUUGGAAAUCUGUCCUUUCUAAGGCAUUUCAACCUCAGCUAUAACAGCUUUAAAGGAGAGGUUCCUGAAGAGAUUGGUCGGCUACUCCGCUUGACACAUCUUGAUCUCAGCUACAAUGCCUUUCAAGGAAAGAUUCCAUGCAAUCUGUCAUUAUGUUCAAAUUUAGAAGACAUCAAUUUCACCAACAACAACCUUACAGGUGAUAUCCCUACGGAGCUUCGAAAUCUGUCAAAAAGUCUACACAGAUUUGAGGUCUCUGCAAAUCACUUCACAGGAAGCAUACCACAAUGGUUGGGCAAUGCAUCUUCACUUACCUCUUUAGCCUUGGGAGGAAAUAAUUUACAUGGAGGCAUCCCAAGAGAGCUUGGAAGACUUCCAAAGUUGCUAUUUCUGCAACUUUCUGAAAAUAAGCUUUCCGGGGAGGUUCCACUUUCUAUUUUCAAUCUAUCCUCACUCUAUUUUCUUGCUGUUGCAGUAAACAGAUUGCAAGGUGAAAUCCCAUCAAAUAUUGGCUUUACUCUUCCUAAUCUUCGGUAUCUUCACGCCGGAGCUAACUAUUUUUACGGGGAGAUUCCAUCUUCGUUAAUAAAUGUAACAAAACUAGAAAUUUUUGAUAUUGGGUUCAACGGUUUGAGUGGAGUGGUGCCUUCAAACCUUGGAACUCUAAGGAAUCUUACAGUUCUAUCUCUUGCAGACAAUCAGUUGGAAAAUAUAGAAGAUGAAGGCUUAGGUUUCUUAACUUCUUUAACCAAUUGUAGCAACCUCCGUUGGUUGUUGCUCCAUGAUAAUCAUUUCAGAGGUGUGUUACCCACUUCAAUUGCCAAUCUUUCAACUAAGCUUGAAAAACUGUGGAUAGGUGGAAACCAAAUUUCAAGUAAAAUCCCUAAAGAGAUUGGGAACCUGGUUGGCUUAACCUCAUUGGAUAUGUGUUCCAACAGCAUUACAGGUGAAAUCCCUCAUUCUAUAGCCAAACUGAAAAACUUAUCCCAACUUUAUCUGUGUGAGAAUAAAUUUACUGGGCCUUUCCCAUCUUCACUAGGGAAUAUGUCUCAAUUGCAAAAAUUGAAUUUGUCUGAGAACAAUUUAAGCGGUCCAAUUCCUCCUAAUUUGGGAAAUUGUUCACAACUUGAAUAUAUUGAUCUUGAGAAAAAUUCUUUCUUUGGUAACUUACCAAAACAGCUUUUUAGCUUCUCUCGAGUCAUAGAAGUCCACUUGUCGAGGAAUUCUUUUAUAGGAAAAUUGCCUUUAGAUUUAGUGGAGUGUAAGAUGAUCAAUCUGGUGAAAUUGGGUGUUUCUUACAACCAAUUGUCAGGAGGAAUUCCAAGUGCUUUGGGAAGUUGCUUGAUGUUGGAGCAACUUUGGAUGAAUAAUAACUUGCUUGAAGGAGGCAUCCCACCCUCAUUUAGAGCUCUGAAAAGCCUUGCACACCUUGAUGUCUCUAGUAACAAUUUGUCUGGCCAAAUUCCAAAAUAUCUCCAAAAUUUCACUCUCUUACAAAACCUAAACUUAUCAUUCAAUAAUUUUGAAGGAGAGUUGCCAACUGGAGGGAUCUUUGAAAAUGCAAGCAUGAUAUCAGUAGCUGGGAACCAAAGACUCUGUGGAGGUAUUCAUCAGCUAGGACUUCCUUCAUGCAAGAUUAAAGGCAAGAAAAAGAAAGGAAAGCUUCAUCAUUUGACAAUGCUUAUUUCAAUAUGCACUUCGUGCUCAAUAUUCUUGAUAGCAUUGCUUGUUAUUUUUUCAUACAAAAGGAGAUAUAAAAGGAAAGCUUCAACUUCUACCAUGGUGCAAGAGCUGGAGCUAGAACAAUUUCCAAAGAUUUCAUUUAGAGAGUUAAGUCAAGCAACCAAUGAGUUCUCAUCAUCCAAUUUGAUAGGAGAAGGAAGUUUUGGUUCUGUGUAUAAAGGAAUUCUAAGCCGAGAUGCAAUGUUAGUGGCAGUAAAGGUGUUGAACCUUAAGCAAAAGGGAGCUUUCAAGAGUUUCAUGACAGAGUGUGAAGCACUAAGAAAUAUUCGACAUCGGAAUUUGAUCAAGAUUAUAACUGUUUGCUCUAGUAUAGACUUCAAAGGGGAUGAUUUCAAGGCUUUGGACAACUUCACCAUUCACCACUUUACCAAAAUAAGUCUACCAGAAAAAGCAAUUGAAAUUUUAGAGCCUUCAUUGCUACCUGAGGUUCAAGAUGAAGAAAAUUCAACAAAAUGGUAUAUGGAAGAAAGACUUGGUGCUCUUGAAAGUCUUGUGGAAGUUGCUAGGGUUGGACUACUCUGCUCAAUGGAGUCACCAAGUGAAAGAAUGGACAUAAAAGAAGUUGUUGCAGAAUUACUUGCCAUUAGAGACAAGUUCCUUUGUAAUAAAACCAAAUUUUCAUCAACUUAAUUCUCAUAAGUUGUUUCAACUACAUAAAGGUGGAGUUUAUUAUUGAUGAAUAUCCUUUUGUGUUUUGUUGAUGCCACAAUUUAAUUUUUUUCUGUUAUGAAUCAAUUCAUUAUCGAUAUUUCACUUUCUACAUCUUUCACCUCCUCACUUUCUCUUGUAUUUACUUGCCCAAUAUAAUGGUGAUUAACUC